CAAGAAGAGUUGCAUUGAAGAUCCGCGAGCAUGUAGAUCUCCAUGGGUACCAUACGAGCGCAGCCUGGUAACAGCGUCAUCGAAAGCACGCUGAAAAGGAAAACCCCAUGCCAGACAUUGCGUGCCAUCCCAUAUUCUCCUGGACAACAAAAUACGAGAAUGGACAUUUCUGGGAUUGAUUCAUCCAUUGCGUCUUCCAACCUAGCGGAGGGAGAUCUCAGAUAACCCAGAUUCUGGACACUGCCAGUCUAUGUCAGUGGAGAAGCGAACAGUUAAAUAUGUGCUUCAUGUCUCGGCGUACCCUUCUCCAUCAAUCCAAAUUGCUCACCUGCCAGGCUUUGCGCAUAUCUCACUCUCUAUCAUGCCUGCAAAUAGUGCCGAUAGUGCUACUCCUUCAGCAGCUAAAACCGAUCUACAAGGACUUGAACUGGCAGAACAUCACUUUGGUCCCUUACUUCGUCCAACUCGUGCCACACAGAGCGCGUGGACCAAUUAUUCCAUCAAUCGCCUCCAAACCAAUGAAAAGUACCACACAGUUGUCUCAGCAUCACGCAAGGGCUCUGAGGAAGACUCUGGGGAAUAUGAGUACGACGAGUGCUCCAACGAAGUUUGGCUUUUCGACCACGUCAAAGCUUGUGUUUCUCGAAUUGAGAAGGAAAUGGACAUGGAAGACGGCAUCCUCCAGAAAUGCACCAUCAUUUUGGCCAACGAAACGGCACCCGACGAGGAGCCGCGCUACAUAAUCAGGAUCUACUCACCCACUGUACCAAUAAUCCAACGCCGUCCAUCUGCGACGGCGGCUGAUGUACUUGCUAUCAAAAAAGUGCUCAGCAAGGGCAGGCCUCCAAAUGUGCACACGCGCAAUGGGUGGCAGACCUUGUGCUGGGGUUACUAUCAUGACUCUAAUGAAAACUAUGGCGAAGAUUGGCCCCGCAUUGAGUGUGGAAAAGUGGAGUUGGACAAAGAUGGGGUGAUGGACAUUUACGAGGCGUUGUUCGGAGAAUUGGAAAAACCUGCUGAAACCGACUCGGAGGCCAUGCUCGCAUAUCGACGAUCACUUGUAAGGGGCAUGCGGCUGCUCCUGGCCGCUGUCGGUAUUUCAUACAACGUUGCGUGUACUGAUGAUGAAAGUGACGGCGGGCCGCAUCAAUUGAUGCUUGAGGGGCCGGGCGACAAGUGGGUUGGGCGGGGGAUACGGAACGCAUGUGGUUUCCGACUCGCCAGAGAUGCAGAAGAAGAGCGGAAGGGUGCCCAGGAACGACCGGAAGAGGCAGAAGGUUAUGAGGAUGACGACGCGGGCGAGGAUGAUGAUGACGAGGAGGAUGAUGAGGACGAGGAUGAUGACGAGGAUGAUGAUGAGGAUGAUGACGACGAGGAUGACGACGACAAGGAUGAUGACGAGGAUGAUGACGACGACGAAGGGCUUCUGAUGAUCAUGGACGGGUAG